GUCACAGCGCGGCGCGCCCAGCACCUGCACGGAGCGAGCAUCCAUCCUCCACCAGGACUUACAAAGGCAGUCUGAUGAAGCAUGGUCCUCGCGUUAUUGAAUUUUAACUUUCUUUUAAGCGCGGUGCCGGAUUUUGAAUUUUUAUGACACAAUCCUCGGACUGAAAUCGAUUGCAAUGAAUCUGGAUUAUUCCCGGUGAUAGCGGCGGUGCUUACCGGAUGACUGCACGAAUGUCUUUUAUCGUAGUGUGACCUGUUCAUGGAGUAAUCAGUUAGAGGAAGAAGAACAGGUGUAGGUAUUACGCGUUUGUGCCGAGUGUAAGUAAAUCAUGCUCGCGUGCCGCACGACGCCCCUCUCUCGGAGAGGGUCACCCCGCCGUCUGAGCGGCCCCCGGCAGGCGUGAGCAGGGAUCAGCGCGUCGUGUAGACCCGGGAGCCGGUGACCAGAAAAAAGCGCAUCGAGCUCUCACUUGCAAGACAUAAAUAACCAAAACGUAUCACGUAAAAGGUAAAAAUGGCUCUGAACAGAAGCAUCGAGCUGGAGCACUUUGACGAACGGGACAAGGUUCGGCGCUCGACGCGCGCCACCGGCUCCGGUUCUCAGUCCGGGUCCCGGGCGAGCAGUCUGGUGCCCAGCCCCGCUCAGAGCGCCAACUGCAGCUUCUACCGGACCCGCACUCUACGUGCGCUCAGCUCCGAGAAGCGGGCGCGCAAGGUACGCUUUUACCGCAACGGGGACCGCUACUUCAAGGGGCUCGUCUACGCCGUGUCCAACGACCGCUUCCGGUCUCUGGACGCGCUUCUCGCGGAGCUCACGCGCUCACUCACCGACAACCUGCACCUGCCGCAGGGCGUCCGCACCAUCUACACGGCGGACGGCAGCAAGAGGGUGACGAGCUUAGACGAGCUGGUGGAAGGAGAGAGCUACGUUUGUGCAUCUAACGAGCCCUACAGGAAAGUGGACUACACUAAGAACGUGAACCCUAACUGGGGCUCUCGGCUUGCGGGGACAGGAGCGGUGGCCGGGGCGGGCCACCAGGGUUCGGGCGGGGGCCAGCGGGCACUGGGCGAGGGAAAAGAGAGUAAAGACUUUAUCAAACCUAAGCUGGUGACGGUGAUCCGGAGCGGCGUGAAGCCACGAAAGGCUGUCAGAGUCCUGCUGAAUAAAAAGACGGCUCACUCUUUCGAGCAGGUGCUGGCUGACAUCACAGAGGCCAUCAAGCUCGACUCUGGAGCCGUGAAGAAGCUGUACACUCUAGACGGGAAGCAGCUGACGAGCCUGCAGGACUUUUUCGGUGAUGAUGACGUGUUUAUUGCAUGCGGUCUUGAGAAGUUCCGCUACGCUCAGGACGAUGCUGCGAUCGGACACGCGGGGAAAGCAUCGGCCGCUGCGUUCGUUAACGAGUGUAAGAUGAAAUCAUCAAAGUCGUCAGCUCCUGUUAAGGUCGCUGUCCCAAGAAGCUCUGGCAUUUUCAGGUCAAAAUCACCCGUGUCAGCCAAUGAGGCGCAGAGAAGUCAGAGUCCGACUGCGAGGUCAUCCAAGUCCCCAUCAAGCCCAGCAAGUCCACGCAGCCAGAAGAUCUCUUCCCGUCAUGUAUCACCCUCCCCUCCCCCCUCUGAAGAACUGAAUGGAGAAGAGGACUUGAGCCCAGAAGUAAAUGGAAAUAAGCCGCAGUCCUCCAUCAUCAGCGAUAAAUACGAAGUGGGGAAAGUCAUCGGAGACGGAAACUUUGCAGUGGUCAAAGAGUGUGUGGAGCGGGCCACCGGGCAGGAGUAUGCUCUGAAGAUCAUAGACAAGGCCAAAUGCAGCGGGAAGGAGCAUCUGAUAGCAAAUGAGGUGGCGAUAUUACGCCGGGUUCGGCAUCCCAGCAUCAUCCAUUUGAUUGAGGAGGUGGACACGCCUACAGAGCUCUACCUGGUCAUGGAGCUUGUUAAGGGAGGAGAUUUGUUUGAUGCCAUCACCUCGUCCACAAAGUACACCGAGAGAGACGCCAGUGCCAUGGUGUACAACCUGACCGGAGCUCUCAAAUACCUGCACCGCAUGAGCAUAGUGCACAGAGACAUUAAACCUGAGAAUUUACUGGUUUGUGAAUAUCCUGAUGGGACCAAGUCUCUGAAGUUGGGGGAUUUUGGGCUGGCCACUGUAGUGGAGGGGCCGCUUUAUACCGUGUGUGGAACACCCACCUAUGUCGCACCUGAGAUUAUUGCAGAAACAGGGUAUGGUUUAAAGGUGGAUAUCUGGGCGGCUGGUGUGAUCAUGUACAUCCUCCUGUGUGGUUUUCCUCCAUUCCGGAGUGAGAGGAACCAGCAGGAGGAGCUGUUUGAGCAGAUCUUACGGGGCCGACUGGACUUUCCCUCCCCUUAUUGGGACAAUAUCAGUGCCAGCGCCAAGGAUCUGAUUGGAAAGAUGCUGCAGGUAAAUGUGAGUGCACGCUACACAGCAGAGGAGGUUUUGUCUCACCCGUGGGUCCUGGAUGAUGCCAUGCUGGAGAACAAUAUGAUGUGUGCGACAUCGGAUGCAGUCAAAAGUGUACAUGCGCCUGACAGCACUGCGACAGAAACACAAUUGGAUGAGCUGCAAGGUAAUGAGCAAAGCCUAAGGUAGACAACAAGAGGACCAGUGGAAGAGAUCUGCUCACUCAACAAAACGCAAACAAAUACUUCACCCAGAAAUGCUAACAUGGCCGACAGGAUGCGUAUUCAGAGUCGAGUUAAACACGUGCAGUACCGUUAUACGGAAAUUGCACGUCUCGGACGUAACCAUAGACCUAACUGCUACUCAGACGGUCUUAUAGAUCACUUCAUAUAUCGUUGUAUUGGUCCUUCAUUCUCAUUCUGUUGCAUCAUAUUACAGUCAAUAGCAAAAAAAAAAAAAAAAGUAAAGAGAAAACACUAUUUCCUUCACUGCUUCCAGUCCUUAUUUUCUAGCUCAUUUUUCAGGGGUUUGUGUUUAAAGGAGAAGUAGUCUAGAUGCUGUUGAAUAUCCCCGUCUCUGAUGUUUCUACUCCAUCAGAGGUGUGAACUACAUGCAUUAGAAGAGUUUAAUAAUCAGAACGAGCUGUCUUUAAAGUAUGUGCAUAACCCAACUCUGAAUACAAGCACCUUUCCCUCUCUCUCACUCUGAAUCUGGCCCAACGUGAGCAUUUCUGGGUGAAGUACACCUUUAAAGCUUGAUACUCGACUAAAUCGAAAUCCACUGAGCUGUGAUUAAUUACACCAGACCAGCAAGACCUCGCUCUCUUGUUCUCCUUUCUCACGUUCUUCUGACCUUGUCUCAUUUUGGUCUGUUGAAUCCUAUCCUCAGCUGAACAAAUGCCUUCUCACCCACCAUUUAUCUUACUUAUGACCUUAUUAUUUUAUUUUUUUU